AGUGAAACGACGUCGUUUCCUUUAUCUUUAUUUUGUUUUUUUCGCCGUGCGCCACACUCGCGCAUCAACCACUAUUCUUUGGUCAUCUGCGUCAGGCCGCACAUGUUUUUGUUUCGUUUUGUAUGGUGGGACGAACGACUUUUUCCCUCUGCCAAGUUUUACCAGAUCCGAUUCAUACUUCUUCAGAACAGCAAAGACAAGGCUCGUCUGCCUAAUACGAUUGUAUUUUCUAGGGUUUUCAAUCUGACUGUAUUGUGGCCUUCGUAUGUUAAUUGGCUUGUGGCCUUCGUAUGUUAAUUGGCUCGUGGUCAACAGAGAUUCCAAGUUAACGAAAUUCAUCGAGCUUGCUCAGGCUUUAAUUAAAACGUUUUUGCCGGCUUCUUCCCACAAAACAAAACUAAUCGAGGCAUCACAGAUUUUCACCUCUCCUACUGUGAGCAAUGAAGUCAGUAGUUUAUUUUUGCUUCGCCUCGAUGCAAAUCAGUUAAUUCAUCAUGCUACUAUGAGUUUUAGUCGUCGUCCCUCGCCGCUGUUCACACUGCCUCAUCAAAGCCGUUUCGUUGCUGCGCAAAAUUUCCUCACUACUUCAGCACGUAAUUUUGAAUCUCUGUAUUUUCAAGGAUGCAAGAAGGAGAGUGCAGUAGGAAUAAUAGAAAAAGGCGGAGGAAUAUAAUGAUUACUCGUGGACACACCAUUCGACAGAAUGUUAUCCCUGAAACUUGUACAACGCCUGCACCACAACCUACACAUCAACCACAUAUCAUAGCUUGCCCAAGGAUUUUUCAUCAGCAGCCACUCUUCAGUCUCCGUAUUACUUAAUUUAUAUUACUGAAUUUCGUGGUGGGAUUUGACCGUCAGUGAUCAGUGGCUUUUGAAAAAUAUUGGAACUACAACAGUGCUAUAGUGCUUUUAAAUUCCUUACGAUUUUAAUUGAGUGGAGCGUUGCACAAUUUCUGGAUAUCGUGCUUUCUCAUGGUUCACUGUGGAAUAUUUGAAUCUGAAUCCAAGGAAUCAGAAUCACCUGCUCUUUAAAAUUUACUUAAAGAAGUCCCGUAUAUCAUCUUCCAACUAAAUCAACAUCUAUCUGGAUUUCAGUCGGUGAAUGCAUCUCUUCUCACACAAAUAACCUGCCUCCACCAGUUAUUUCAAAAGCUUUGCUAUAUCGUCUUCGACGUGCGACAACGCUGCCGUAAUUUCUCAAGCUCCUAAGAACAACAUGGAACAUACACCAUUGUCUAAGCUGGAGGAAGGACACCGGGGUUACAAGAUCAAAGCCCGAGUUGCGAGAAUCUAGAAUUCUACAAAUCCAACAUUACAAGACCAACUGAUGAGUAUCGAUUUUCUAUUGGUUUACGAGGGUAUGAGUAUACAAGGAUCGAUUAGACAGGAGGAUGCACAUCAUAUGAAAGAAUUACUUAUAGAAGGGAAGAUUUAUACACUCACAAACUUCAUUGUUGGUGCUGCAAAAAAGAGUUACAGAGUUUCAGACCAUAAAAAUAUUGUUUGUGUCGGCACAUGGACAAUAAUCAGAGAAGUAUAUGAACCAGAAACAACUAUUCCAAUGAAUUAUUUCCACUUCGUCGACGACAAUAUCUUAGAAUCGAGGUUAUAUAAUGAUGUGCAACUUACUGAUGUCAUGGGUUUUUUGAUCUCUGUUAGUCAGAUGACAAACACUCAAGCAAAUGGAAGAAUGGUGCCCAAAAAGAACUUAAUCAUUCAAACCACGAGAAACAAAACAAUACCUAUCACAUUAUGGGGUGAUGUGGCAGAGGCCUUUCAUGAAGAAGAUGCAUUAGAAUUGGCUACAGAAGAUACUGUCAUAAUCAUUCUUUCUUCAAUGACUGUAAAGGCAUUUAGAGCUGAUACAACACUGUCAAGCACAUCGGCAACAAAGAUAUACCUCAAUAUGAAAAUAGAAGAAGUUGACAUUUUCCGCAAGAGUUUCAAAUGCACAAAAAAACUCAGUUUUGUCAAUCAAUCACUCAACUCAAUGCUGGAUAUAACAACUAAUAGAGAGGCGAAGAACAAUACUGUUUCAGAGUUGUUGUCUCUCGAUAGAACUGCUGACAAAGGGAAAAUUUAUUUAUGCGUGGCCACCAUAGCAGAGAUAGAUGCAUCUAAAGGAUGGUGGUACAACGCAUGUCCUAAAUGCAAGGUCUUGGAACUAACACACAAUGUGGAAGCUCUUCACAUUGUAGACAUGGAGAAACCUCGCACUGAAGCAUCCAUGGGAUUUUCUGCUGCUGGUUCAACUGACUCACAAAACAAUGCAGAAGAUGAUCUUAUAAGCCAUUCUGCCAACAAAAGAACCAGAGGAACGAUGGAAUCAGAAGAAAAGAUUUGCAAUGAUAACUCUAUAAAUGCAGAGCAAUGUCCAAGCAUCUCAAAGGGGAAAAGGAAGAUGUCAUGAUCAUACGUACCUGCUAAAAAUUAACUUCACUUUUGUCUCCUGCGUGUUUAUAAACUCCAUCUAUGGCUUUUGUUUUCCCUACAAGAUAGUGCACAACCUAUCCUCAACUAUGUGUUAACUUAAAUUUUGUUCAUGGAUAGGGAAUGCUAUGUGCAAUCCUCAACUAUGUCUUAAGUUAAAUUUUGUUUAUGCGUAGUGAAUGCUGUAAAUAGCUUAUGAACUAUUAUCGAUGAAAUAUAUUUCAAGUUUUAAAAAUGACUUUGC